GACGAUACCGGUAUCCUUAAUAACGGUAGAAAAUCCGUAAUCUGCUUCCCUGUCUGGACUCUGAAUCUGAAUUCGGCAUGGGUCGUCUGGAAAUGGCCAAACCCGGCGUGCUCGAUGCCAGGAAAUGGAACAAUUGAUAAGGAUGUUUGCCGCAGCACAGGGUUUGCUCUCGAGUGCCUCUUCUUAUACCGAUAUCACCGUCAACCGAACCCGAUGCUUCAUGAGUUCGGAAGCGGCGCGGGGUUUCCGCUGCUCUCGGCACCUUGCCAAACUACACAAAACCUCAUGCUCCGACCCAUCCCACAUCCCUCAACAUUCGGUUCUGUUCUCCGCUCCUUCGGUCACCAUGAUUGAUGAACAGCUUUUCAUGUCACCUCGACCGAAGGCCCUUUCAGCGCUGUUACUUUCGUCCUGAUAGCCUGUACCAUAGACAGGCGCUCCGUGCAUACCUUCGAGUUUC